AUGGCGAAGAAACAACUCAUUAUCAAACAACUGCAAAGACACCGCAUACAAGUGGCUGCUCUGAGCGAAACGGCCAUCUACGACACAGGUGUAUCAACAGUGGGUGAAUACACAAUGAUUCAUUCAGGUCUUACCAGCGAGAACAGGACAAGAUCCGCACAUGGAGUGGCCAUCUGUCUUGGUAAACAAGCAACGAUGGCGUGGGAAAACAUCGGUGCCUUUUGGAAAGCAGUCAACGAACGAAUCGUCAUGGUGCGACUACAGGGAACACCCGUAAAUGUCACGAUCAUCGCCGUAUAUUCUCCAGUCAAUCCCAACGAUAACAAAACCGCUGCUACAGCAUCAGACAAAUUCUAUACCGAUCUACAGCAGACGUUAAGUACGGUCCCAUCAAAAGACCUCUUAUUAAUCAUGGGUGACUUCAACGCGAGAAUUGGAAAACAACAGAACUACACCAGUAAUAAUGUGGUUGGCCCACAUACAACUGAUCACAUCAAUGAAAAUGGGCAACGACUGGUGGACUUGUGCAGCAAACGACCUCAUCAUUACCAAUACAUUCUUCCAGCACAAACCCAUACAUCAAACCACCUGGAUGCAUCCUGGAAACAAGAAAUGGCACACACUCGAUUAUACUCUCGUCAAUCGGCGGCUGCAGGUACGAUAGGAACGGAUCAUCACCUACUCGUGACCAAGCUCAAACUCCACCUGAAAAGCCGCAGAAAACGACAAAAACAACGAUGUGGUCGUCUGGAUAUAAAAAAGCUGAAAAAUGGUGCCUGUAUCGAAGCUUUCCAGGCCGAACUCAUGAAUCGUCCAUCAACAACGGACCCAAAUAACGUGACAAUCAAUGCUAAAUACUCGGAAUUCGCAACGCAUAUUAACAACAUUGGCCAAAACAUCUUCAAAUUGGACGACAAUAACCGAAAACAGAAGGAAUGGCUGACCGAUGAAAUAUUGGAAAUCGUCGACAUGAAAGCCAAAGCCUUCCUUGAAUGGCAAAAUCAUCGUGGUACCAAUCAAGAGCGUCGAUACCGAAGCAAAUACCGCCUCCUGCGCAACAAGGCAAAAAAGCGCAUUGAAGCACGUCAGAUCGAAUAUUGGGACGAAACCAGCAUCGAGAUUGAAUCAGCAAUCAAGCAGCAUGAUCCAGCAACGGCCUAUGCGAUGACACGGCGAAUAAAAGGAGGUCGAACCAAUAUCGAAAACCUGCCUAUCCUCGAUCUGCAAGGAAAAAGCAUUCUGAACUCGCAGGAACGACUACAGCGUUGGAAAGAUCACUUCAGCGCUCUGCUAAAUAUACCAUCCCACAUCGAUCAGUCCAUUUUGGAUCAAAUACCUAUACCAGUGAUCUCCUAUGAGUCAAUGCACGAGAGGGACAACCAAUUUCUCAAUAUAGCUGCUCAAUCGAUGUCGCCGAUUUUACCGGCAUCUAUCCCAUAUUGUAGAGGGUAUUUUAUUAGGCAUAGUUCCAAAUUUUUAGCCCUAAAGCUUGAACUUUGA